AUGUCAUCGUCUAACUCUUCGACCGCCAAGCGGAAACAGAGAGACUCAGUCUCGCCGCCGCCGGUCAAGCGCAAAGUCCAGAGUGGCAUGACCAAGAGUGCAGUCGCCAAUUUCUUCAAACCGCAAUCCCAGAAACCCAAAGACCGAACAAUCUGGACAGAACGAGCCCCGAAUGAUGAUUCCCCCGCAACUCUGCUUGUCGGCCGCUACGAACCGGAAGAUACCCCCACCGAAUCUGAAAAGAGGAGGAAGGUUGCCGCGUUUGAUCUGGAUUCGACCCUGAUCACAACAGCAUCUGGCAAGAAGCACGCCGACGCUGCCGCGGACUGGAAGUGGUGGCACGCCACUGUUCCCGGACAGCUGAAGGAGAUGUAUAACAACCAGGGGUACCGCAUCGUGGUGCUCUCUAACCAAGCCGGCCUUGUUCUCCAUGCCGACCCCAAAGCCAAGACCCCGAAAUCGACCAAAGAUAGAGUAUCUGCAUUCAAAAAAAAGGUCAACGCUGUCUUGACGCAACUCGAUCUUCCUAUAACCGUGUACGCGGCUACGGAGAAGGACAUCUACCGGAAACCACGGCCAGGAAUGUGGCGAGAGCUUUGCGACGACUACGACCUUUCUGCAGACGUCGACUUGAAGCAGAGCAUUUUCGUCGGCGACGCAGGGGGCCGGAUAGCCGCGUCGAAAACCGCCAAAGAUUUCAGCUGCUCCGAUCGUAAUUUCGCUGACAACGUUGGCAUCGAGUACAAGACUCCAGAGGAGUUCUUCCUCGGCGAGAAACCGCGGGAUUUUCUUCGAGAAUUCGACAUUGUUCACUACCCAUACCCAGAAGAUCUAGGGUCACCCAGUUCAGAUGCUCUGUUUGAGAAGAAGAAUAAGCAGGAUAUUGUCAUAUUCUGUGGCCCGCCUGGCGCCGGAAAAAGCACGUUUUUCUGGAAGCACCUGAAGCCAUUGGGAUACGAGCGGGUCAACCAAGAUAUUUUGAAGACGCGAGAAAAGUGCGUUCAAUCUGCCAAGGAAUUAUUGAAUGAUGGUCAAUCCAUCGCAAUCGACAAUACCAACGCCGAUCCUGAUACAAGAGCCGUCUGGGGUCAAUUAGCAAAAAAGCACAAAGUUCCCGUCAGAUGCGUGUGGUUCAAGACACCGCUACAUAUUUGCGAACACAACGACGCUGUGCGAUCCAUGAACAAGUCCCUCAAUCCAGAGUCUCGCACUGUACUGCCCAGGAUGGCCUUCAACGGAUUCAAGUCACGUUUCAAAGAGCCGAAGGUCAAGGAAGGCUUCCAAGACAUCACCGAGGUCGAGUUCGCCUUCCGAGGGACCAAGGACGAGCAUGAGGUGUGGGCCAAAUACUGGCUUUAA